UCUGCGACCAAUAUUCAGAAUUCACUUAAAGAGAACAGACAGACGGAAGCAAUGAAAAGUGUUUUGAGCUACCUGGUUUUGAUAGUUUCAUGCAUUUGCACAGUCAGUGCAUUUGUAAGCUACCGGGGCUAUAAAGCGUACGAAGUGACACCAGUAACCAAACGCCAACACGAUGAAUUAUCAAUGUGGCAGCAUAUAGAGGGUGUAGACUUUUGGCGUUUGUACGGUCAAGGAAUGGCGUCGAGUGUGAUGAUUGAACCAAAAUUGAUUCCGAAAUUUGAACUGUUCUUGAAGUUCUCGAACAUGACGAACAAAGUUGUCGUUGAGGACGUAGAGGAUGCGUUGGAACAGGAUAGACAAAGCAGAGAAGAAUACAGACGCACAUUUUCCAAUGUUUCGUUCACCACUGAUCCCAAUUUCAACAUUUAUUGGUCAUCCGACCAAAUGGAAACAUAUUCCAGGAGCUUAGCGUCGCGUUUUCCAAAUAGAGUUCAAUUUGAAGUGAUUGGACGUUCAGCCCAGAAUCGUGUCAUUUACACAUUGAAGAUUUCCAAUGGAGCCUUCGGUACAAAGCCGUUGAUUUUCAUCGAGGGUGGAUGUCAUGCGAGAGAGUGGGUUUCUCAAGCGUCAGUUAUGUAUCUCAUCAAUAGACUCGUUGAAGAUCCAGCUUCGUCGAGUGAACUGUUAGCAAACACUGAUUGGAUUAUCACACCAAAUCUCAAUCCCGACGGAUACGAGUGGUCAAGAACCAACAACAGACUGUGGCGUCAGAAUCGACGACAGGUCAAUGCUAACUGUGUGGGUGUCGAUUUGAAUCGUAACUUCGCAUAUUCGUGGAGAUCAGCAACUGUGGCUUGUGGAUCGUUGACAUUCCCGGGUCCUAGUCCCUUUUCGGAACCAGAAUCCCAAGCAAUCAACGAUUUAUUGACAAGAUAUCGUCAGAAUAUCAAAACCUACAUUACCGUACACAGUUUUGGCGAUAUGGUAUUGUACCCAUGGGGAUUCUCGGGCUCACCAGGACUGAUCGGAAACCACGCAUACCAUCAUGAAGUUGGCCUAUUGUGGAGGAAUGCAAUCCAAGCUCAAACUGGCAAAGUGUAUGCUGUCGGAAAUAUUGCCCAACUACUAGGAAACGCCUUCGGUGCUUCUGAUGACCAUAUGGCUGGCGAUCAAAGAGUGGAUCUUGUGUACACACUUGAGUUGACUCGAGGCGGUGCAACUGGUUUCGAUUUUCCGGAAGCUCAAAUUGGUCCACUUGUAAGAGAAACGUUUCACGGUUUCCGGGCAAUUGGAUUACAUAUUGGAAGAAAUUAUUAAGUGUAAAAUGCCGAAAAUUGACUCGAUGUUUUCUUCAUUAAAACAUUUUGCGUAAGU